UGCUGUCUACCACAUUCUCUUCAAGGAUGAAAAUUCAGGCUGUACAGGGAAGUCGGCCAAGACUUCUUCUUACUACUACUAACAGGAGUCGCUCGGCACCUGGCCAUGACUUGAAACCGUUGAUAGGAAGCCAGCCUUGCACGAUGUCGUUAUCGAAGCAAUCCGCAUCCUUUUCGCAUCAAGGCCUGUCUCAAACGCGGCAUAUGAGUAGCGGGAUCCGAAGAAUGUCCGCAGAAGCAGGAGCUGCUCUAGCGCCGAUGCCUGAUCACACUUUCCACGACCUGGGCGCCCAACAGCAGCCGACUGCCGUUAUCAACAUUGAGAGGGAAUUUUGGCGAAAAAUUCCCAUUUGGAGAGAGACAUCUGAGAAGGAAUUCACCUCCUAUUGGUGGAGCAACAUGAACUCGGUUACUUACACGUCAAGGAAGUACAAACACGAGGAUGGAUCAACUGCUAUCAAAUGGACCGGCAAUCUCGAGAAGCAUCUUCGAAGUGUCUUACCAGACUACGUGCCGAAGCGAAACCAUAAAGAUAUUUUGGUCAGUCGUGAAGACUUCAUUCAGGAUGCUGUUCUCGGCGCCAGAAACUCAUCCAUGUCAAUCCGUGUGACAGCGCAUGAGUGGAGUUGCAUCAACUGGGACGAUCCGGCAAACGACCCGAUAGCGCUUCAAUUUCUGGCUCAGCACUCUCACCUCGUGAGAGACCAUCCUGAGGUGCGGCUGGAUUCUCUUGAAGAGAAGAAGGACUCGCCAGUGCCUGGGUUGGCUCAUAGAUACCCAAAUAAGGUGUUGUUCCUUGUCACGGAUGUAUGCCCGCUUUAUUGCGGCUUCUGCACCCGCGGGUACGCUGUGAGCGAGGCGACGGAGACGGUCACAGAAAAAACAUCAAUCAAGCCACAAGCGGAGAGAAUCAGCAACGCGCUGGCAUACAUUGAAGAAAAACCGGAGAUCCGCGACGUUGUUGUAUCUGGCGGCGACGCGUACAUGAUCGAUCCCGUCAAGCUGGAGGAGAUCUGCAUGAGACUGAUCGCGAUGCCCAACAUUGAACGAUUCCGCAUCGCGACCAAAGGUCUCAACGCUGCACCACAUCGCCUGGCCGACCUGAGUGACCCCUGGACCCGAGCACUCUUGCGAUGCAACGAGGCCGCGAAGCGUGCCGGCAAGGACAUGGCUCUGCACACACACUUCAAUCAUCCCAACGAGGUAACCUGGAUUACCCGGAAAGCCGCGAGGAUGCUGAGAGAUGCCGGCUUGACUGUGCGUAACCAGACCGUGCUGCUCAAGGACAUCAACGACACAGUCGAUUGUCAGCUCGAGCUGAUUCACGAACUUGCAAGGAUGGGCAUCACUCCGUACUAUGUCUACCUUUGUGACAUGACGACAGGUGUGGAACGAUUCCGCACGCCUCUGCAAACACUAUUGGACAUCCAGCAUCAGAUUACGGGCAGAACCGCCGGCUUUCUCAUUCCAAAGUUUGUCGUCGAUCUUCCGGGCGGUGGUGGGAAGCGGAUCGCUUCUGACUACGAGACGUACGAUCGGACCACGGGCAUAUCGACAUGGAAAGCACCAGCGAUCCAAGGUACGCAGGAAGGAAGAGACAAGAAAGGCAAGAUCUACAAGUACUACGAUCCUGUGCGGGAAUCGCAGACAUGAUGGUCUCGCUUGUGGCCCUGGUUUUGAUAUUGCCUUGCCCAAUAGUCUGGCAGCCUGAAGCGGUGGUCUGAAGCUCGGAGCAUAAUGCUUGCAAACAAUCCGGUACUUUCACAUGAUCUACGCUCGGCAUUGCGCUGUAUAAACAGUCCAAGAAUAGCAUCUUUCAUCUUCACAGCCACCAACCCGAAUCCUGCCAAAUCCUCACAUGUGGGAUUUGAUGUCUCUAAAGCUUCAGGGGAAGAAAUGGCAUGCCAGUCAGAAGCAGAAGAUUUCAGCUCGCAGCCAGGGGAAGAACAGCGGCUCCGAUUGUGCAAGUGGAAACCACUCGGUCCUACACAAACCUGGCGGCACUAUUGAAAAGUGAUGAUCUCCAGGAUGCUGGUAGCCGACCUUGAUGGAAGCCUGUAUGGAACUUUCUGGCGCUAUCCCGCGCGCGGCCCCCU